CAAGAAAAGAAAAAAAGUUAGGAAUGAUGAUUCUGACAUGAUACAUACAAUCAGUCAUCACUCUAAUGUCUAAUAAGAUGUCAGGAAAGUAUCGAAAUUGCAGCUAGUUUCCAUGUCCUGAUUAGUUUCAGUGAUGCCUUGUCAAGGUUCCUGGUAUUGCAGAAACUGGAGGAUGCUUGCUCAACUAGUACUGAAGGUGCACAGGUUGGGUCGAUGCAUGUUAGCUGUUUGUAUCCAUGCGUCUUUUUUCUUUUUCUUUAAUGUGCAUUGGAAUGUACAUCCUACUAUUGUUUUUUAGUCGUCUGCAUCGGAAAGGAAGGUCACAAGUUUGUCAUCUUGUCUUCAUCGUUGUAGAAUCAGUCAACUGCAGACAGUCCAUUUAUGAUAGUACACAAAACAUGUAGUACGCCUAGUACAGUUUUGUUAUGUGGCCUGGUCUUCCGUUGGAUGGUUGGAAUCAUCGAACACCCAGCCAAAAUCUCCAUGUUAUCUCAUACAACCAGGACAGACUGAGAGCAUAGGAGCACCAUCAUUCAUGGCACCCACGCCCUAUGUCUUUCCCAAUCCCAACCUGCAGCCUGCUCCGGCGUUGCAACAGCCGCAUGAUGACCUGGCCCUCGACUACAUCUCGCGCAUGCUCAUGGAGGAGGACAUCGUUGACAAGUUCAUAUACCAGUACCCUGACCCCGCCGCGCUGCUGCAGGCCCAGCAUCCCUUCGCACAGAUCCUCACCACCUCCGACACCACCACCUCAUCCGACAUGCUCACCUCAGCCUUGCCAAUCAGACAUAUCCAGAACCCAGCCUUCUUUUUGAAUGACAAUGGCGUGGCAGAUCCCAACAACAGCAUGGACAUGAUCUCGAGCAUGGCAUUCUUCAGAGGAAUGGAGGAAGCCAACAGAUUCUUGCCCAGAUACAGCGGGGCCGUGGAGGGUAGUAACAUGCCUCACGGCGGCGGCGGCAACGGGGCAGAAGCUGGAAGGAGCAGCAAGCAAAUGGCUGUGCAGGUGCACCCUGAAUCCAAGGAGGAGAGCGAUAUGUUGGACCAGUUCAUGCUCAACAGCUACGACAUGUGCACCACUGAGGCACGUGAGCGAUGUGACGAGGCGGAGCAGCAGCCCAUCUCCACCAAGGCGCCGCGUGGGAGGCGCGGCGCUAGGCUGGCGGUGGUGGACGACCUGGAGACACUGCUGAUCCGUUGCGCGGAGGCAGUGGCCACUAACGAUCAGCGCAGCGCGUGCGAGCUGCUGUGGCGGGUCAAGCGGCACUCUUCCCCAACAGGAGACGCCACACAGCGACUGGCGCAUUACUUUGCUGAGGGUCUAGAGGCACGGCUGGCUGGUAGAGGGAGCCAGCUUUACCGAUCGCUAAUGGUGAAGUGCACCCCCGUCGUCGAGGUCCUCAAGGCCUACAAGCUCUUCAUGUCCGCCUGCUGCUUCAUGAAGGUGUGUUUCCUCUUCUCCAACAAGACCAUCUACAAUGCCGUCAUGGGGAGACACAAGCUGCACAUUGUGCACUAUGGUGUCAAUGACGGGUUCCAGUGGCCAGACUUGCUCCGGUGGCUAGCAGAAAGGGAGGGCGGCCCUCCGAAGGUGAGGAUCACCAGCAUUACCAGCCUCUGGCCAGGAUUCCGUCCUGCCGAGCAAACUUACGAUACAGGACAACGGCUCUACCGCUGCGCAAAGCAGUUUGGCGUGCCAUUCAAGUUCCGCGUCAUCCCAGCCAAGGCAGAGGAUGUCCGGGUAGAGGAUCUCGACAUCAAUCCUGACGAGGUUCUUGUCGUGAACAGCCUAAUCCAUUUUAGGUCCCUGAUGGACGAAAGUGUUGUCAUCGACAGGCUAAACCCCAGGGACAUGGUGCUAAACACUAUCAGAAAGAUGAAGCCAGCCGUAUUCGUCCAUGCCAUCGUGAACGCAUCAUACAACACGACAUUUUUCGUGACACGGUUCCGCCAAGUGCUCCACAACUUCGCAGCACACUUUGACAUGAUGGAAGCCACGGUGCCACGAGACAAUGAUGAGAGGCUGCUGGUGGAGCGGGACAUCAUCGCACGAUGUGCCAUGAACAUCAUCGCCUGUGAGGGGACAGACCGGGUGGAGCGCCCUCAAAACUACAGGGAGUGGCAGGCGCGGAACCAGCGAGCAGGGCUCAGACAGUUGGCACUGGACCCAGACAUUGUUCAGUUUUUGAAGGACAUAGUGAAGAAGCAGUACCACAAGCAUUUCGUGAUCAACGAGGAUCACCAAUGGCUUCUGCAGGGAUGGAAAGGACGCGUGCUCUACGCCAUCUCCACAUGGGUAUCUGACGAUGCUAGCAGCACUCAAGUGACAUAAAUUUUAAGUACCAAUGGAUGCUUGGGCACAUUUGAUCUGCUUUUGUCAAGUAUGGUCCCAAACAUUUUUUAGCAGCUUGCACCAGUUAUGAUUUAUGAGGAUCUACGGUGCAAUCUGCAACAAGGGUCUAUG